CGGUACCACUUCCUGUAAUCCUCGCUUCUGACAGCAGAAGUUGCCUCUGAAAGUUAGCAAGUUCUGUACUUCUUAUGGCCGAACCAACUGUCGUGGAGAAAAUGAGUGAACUGAAUGUGAAUGGAAGCAAAAAGGGGUCAGCUGAAGGCGGUAAAGAUGAAGGGAAGAAGAAAAAUAAAACUGCUGCUGCCUCUUCAGGCAGAUCUGAGUUGUCGCCACCACCUCAGUACAUCGAGGAGCGUCUUACUUUGUAUGCAAAGCUGAAAGCGGAGCACGAUGCUCUGAUGGCAGAGAGAGCUGCAAAAGACAGCAAACCAAUCAAGGUGACCUUGCCUGACGGGAAGGUGGUGGAGGCAGAGUCCUGGAAGACCACCCCGUACCAAGUGGCAUGUGGAAUCAGUCAAGGCCUUGCAGACAACACAGUGAUUGCCAAAGUAAAUAACAGUGUGUGGGACCUGGACAGACCUUUGGAGGACGACUGCAGCCUCCAGUUGCUCAAGUUUGAUGAUGAAGACGCUCAAGCUGUUUACUGGCAUUCCAGUGCUCAUAUUUUGGGUGAAGCGAUGGAGAAGGUGUACGGAGGCUGCCUCUGUUACGGACCCCCGAUUGAGAACGGCUUCUACUAUGAUAUGUUUUUGGAAAACGAUGGCGUAUCGAGUAAUGACUUUCCCUGUCUGGAGACCAUGUGCAAGAAAAUCAUCAAAGAGAAGCAGACAUUCGAAAGGCUGGAAAUAAARAAGGAGACUCUUUUGGAAAUGUUCAAGUACAAUAAGUUUAAGUGCCGCAUUCUGAAUGAGAAAGUCACCACUCCUACCACCACAGUGUACAGAUGCGGCCCCCUAAUUGAUUUGUGUCGGGGGCCUCAUGUGAGACACACCGGAAAAAUCAAGGCUCUUAAAAUCCACAAGAAUUCUUCUACCUACUGGGAGGGUAAAGCAGACAUGGAAACCCUCCAGAGGAUCUACGGAAUCUCCUUUCCUGACCCCAAAAUGCUCAAAGAGUGGGAGAAGUUUCAGGAGGAGGCCAAGAACAGAGAUCACCGCAAACUGGGCCGGGAGCAGGAUCUGUUCUUCUUCCAUGAACUGAGUCCAGGCAGCUGCUUCUUCCUWCCUAAAGGGGCCUUCAUCUACAACACGCUGAUUGAGUUCAUCAGAAGUGAGUACAGGAGGAGGGGAUUUCAAGAGGUGGUGACCCCCAACAUCUACAACAGCAAGCUGUGGGUGACCUCCGGACACUGGCAGCAUUACAGCGAGAACAUGUUCUCCUUCGAAGCAGAGAAGGAAACCUUUGCACUCAAACCGAUGAACUGCCCCGGACACUGUCUGAUGUUUGAUCACCGUCCUCGUUCCUGGAGAGAGCUGCCCCUCCGCAUGGCCGACUUYGGUGUCCUGCACAGAAACGAGCUGUCGGGGGCUCUGACUGGCCUCACCCGAGUCCGCCGCUUCCAGCAGGACGAUGCUCACAUCUUCUGCUCCAUAGAGCAGAUUGAAGAGGAGAUUAAGGGCUGCCUGGACUUCUUGCGAACCGUGUAUGAAGUGUUUGGCUUCACUUUCAAACUCAAUCUUUCCACAAGACCAGAGAAGUUCCUGGGAGAUCCAGAGAUGUGGGUCCAAGCUGAAAAGCAACUGGAGAACAGUUUAAACGAGUUUGGAGAGAAAUGGGUUCUGAACCCGGGUGACGGAGCKUUUUACGGACCCAAGAUUGAUAUUCAAAUCAAGGAUGCCAUCGGUCGAUACCAUCAGUGUGCCACCAUCCAGCUUGAUUUCCAGCUGCCCAUCCGCUUUAAUCUCAGCUUUGUCGGUCAUGACGGUGAUGACCAGAAGAAACCAGUGAUCAUCCACAGAGCCAUCCUGGGAUCAGUAGAGAGGAUGAUCGCUAUUCUGACUGAAAACUACGGAGGCAAAUGGCCACUGUGGCUUUCUCCUCGCCAAGUGAUGGUCGUCCCCGUGGGACCAACCUGUGAGGAGUACGCUGAGAAAGUCAGGCAGGACUUCCACAGCAGCGGCUUCAUGACUGACGUGGAUCUGGACCCCGGCUGCACUCUGAACAAAAAGAUCCGAAAUGCUCAGUUAGCACAGUACAACUUCAUUCUGGUGGUGGGAGAGAAAGAGAAGACGAGCAACACGGUGAACGUACGCACCCGAGACAACAAAGUCCACGGCGAGCGCAGUGUGGAGGAGUGCAUGGAGCGCCUCAAACAGCUCAAGGCUUCCAGGAGCAGAAACGCAGAGGAGGAGUUCUGAGCUUCUUUUCAACAAAAACCUCGACUGACUUAAAAAUACCACAUGGUUGAGAUCAACUUUUGAUGAGGGGAUAUAAAUGUCAGCAAGUCUUUGCUUUUUUUUUUCCCAACAAAUCCUUUUUUUUUUCUGAUGAAAUGCAAACAUGUCUAUUUUUCUUUACACAUUUCUGGUUAUCAACUGACAUGAGAGCUGAAGUCCAUGUAAUGAAGUAUAAAUGUCUGUUACUGUAAUCUGAUGAAGUCUUUGAACAGUUCUACUUAACAACUGAUGAACUACAUCACAGUUCUUUUAAAAUGUUUUCCGUUUCGAACAAACUGAUCAGAACAGGAAAAAAAAGAAACAUGGCUUUGUACUGUUGUAACGUUUUCUGUCACUCAUUUCUUCAGGGAAUUGUAUGAAAUACAAUUUUGUUAAUUAAAAAAAAUAUCUCCUUCGU